AAGCCAGACCAGAACAAACAGCAGAGGAGAAAGGUGGCCAUUGACACCUUGACACACAUUCAUGGGCACCAAAGAUGGAGGGGCUCCUUGUUUCUCAGACCCAGAAGAGAAAGAAAAACAGAAAACAGAGUCCAUGUUCAAGCUGCAGACAAAGACAAAGGCAAAGUUGGAGCCACAGUCCAAGCGCCAGUCCAAGCCCUUUUCCACCCAGGACUCCUAACGGGACAGCACACUCCAGUAAUCAUCACUCCUCAUCCCAUGCCCAAGCCCACACUCACUCCUACUAUUCCCAUAACUCCAACCAUCAUCACUCCAACAGUUGUCCUAACAGAAAGAAGGCAACAGGGCUAGCAAAAAGAAAAGCCAUGAAAGGCCAGUCACCAAACAGAAGGAAAAAACGAGCAGCCACCAUCCUCAGCUGCUGGAUCCAGCCAACGUCUGCUCAAGGUUUCACUGUUGUACAAACCCCAGCCACUGUGAAAGAAGGCGACAACGUCAUCCUGAAUAUCCAGGGGUACACGGGGAGUGCUCGUGAGUAUGUUUGGUACCGAAAGAAAUCAGCUCAGGAUCCCGGCCGUGUAAAGAUCGUGACAUUCUAUAGUAAUCAUUUAUAUCAGUCACCAAGCAAUAUCCGGCAGAAGGUACUCGCUAAUGGCUCCUUGAUCAUCCCCAACCUCAUUGUCAUUGAUGAUGGUUACUAUGAAGUACAAAUCAACGAUUCCUCUUCACAGAUACUUAAAGGAGGAGCCCCACUGAAGGUGUAUGAGAAUACCCUGAUAAAACCCACCAUAACUAUCCAAAGCACUGGCCACAUUGUAGAGAAUGACUCCGCGGUCAUGUCGUGUAACUCAAAGCAUAAAGAUUUGUCACAAAUUCGGUGGUACUUCCAAAAUAAGAAGUUGAUACUCAAUAAAAGGAUGUCUUUGCCUCUGAAUAACCAGACCCUCAUCAUCAUACCUGUGAUGAGGGAAGACAAUGGAGCUUAUAAAUGUGAAGUUUGGAAUCCAUUCUCUGCCAGUAUGAGUGAUUUAUUCAAACUGACUGUCUGCUAUGGACCAGAGAAAAUCACGAUUCUUCCAAAGCAUGUUCAUGGGCAGAUUGAGGUCUUACUCAACAAGAAGCUGAUUUUAGAGUGUCAGGCUAGUUCUGAACCACCAGCCCAGUAUACAUGGCAAGUGAAUGGUUCUUCUAGAGCUGGAAAUUCAGGAAACAUUUAUGCUAUCUCCAAACUAUCUUGGGGACAUUCAGGGACAUAUACAUGCAUGGCAAUGAACAGCGUAAUCAACACAGCAAUAUCUAAAAACAUCAGAGUCAGAGUAUAUGAGCCUUCAGGAGGCUCCAUACGCGGUGGAGAUGUCGUUGCUGGCAUUGUGAUUGGAGUCCUAGCUGGAGUGGCUCUCAUCGUGGCUCUCAUCUAUUACAUGGUCAUCGGAGAAUCUUCAGGAGAAUAACGUGAUGAAACCCAACAUAACUAUUAAUAGCACCAGCAACAUCACCGAGAAUGGCACCAUGGUCUUGAUGUGUAACACAGAGUGAAUAUUUGAAUAUAGCCAAAGGGAAUGCUGGCACCUGAGAAAGGGAGCAUCUUUUUGUAGAGCAACCAGGAAGCCAGUGUUAUCAAAAGGAAUAGUUCAUUGGCUGGGCUGUAGGAAAGAAGAUAUUCAAAAACAAAGAGUAUGAAAGCAAAAGACAUCAAUAAAAAUAACAAAAAUUGUUCAAAAAAAGAACUUGUCCAGGUGAAGACAUCCAAGUGGAUUCAAGGGACAAGAAAUGCUGAGCAGAGAGAACAGGACUAGAGAUUUUGAUUCAAAAGAGAGAUGCUACAGGGGAUUUUCUUCAGACCAAACUAAGCAGCCUUCUCUUCUCCCAGUCUUGGCAGCCUGUCCAGGGUAGCUAGCAUUGGUAUAAUGAGGGUGGAGGGGUACCCUGUGUGCCCCAAGCUACACAACACCUGCUUUACAUGCACCUUUGUUCGCCCACCUGGUUAUUGAGCAGACAUGACAAAUCGGUCUCCUUCUUA